UUCAGGCCACAUUAACGAGUGAAGGACGGCACACAAUACUUCACUAUCACCCACCUCCAAGCAUGUGGCCGCGGCAGCUUUCGACCGGUGUCAGAUAAACAAGAAGGAGGGACGGUGGAGACUGAGGAGCGGAAGGACAAGACUGUGGAAAUAUUCUCGGACAGCCGACAGCACGGAUCUGUCGCGAUGUGGUAGCUAAACCAUGGACAGCAGAAUAAAGGAGAAUCCAGAAAGAACAUUUGAUGUGGUUGUACAGGUGGCAUGUCCAACAUCUGAGAAUGAGGAUCCAACCGUGCUGUGGAGCUUCCCCCAGGACCACACAGACCAGGAGGUCCUUCAGACGAUACCAAAGUUCUGCUUUCCUUUUGACGUGGAAAGGGUUUCCCACAGUCAGGUGGGGCAGAAUUUCACCUUUGUGCUGACGGACAUCGACAGCAAACAGAGGUUUGGUUUCUGUCGACUCACUCAAGGCUGCCGGGUCUGCAUAUGUCUGCUCAGUUAUCUACCAUGGUUUGAAAUCUACUACAAGCUGCUAAAUACCCUUGCAGACUACCUAACAAAACAACAGGAAAAUGACUUGAAUGACAUGCUGAAUUCUCUGUAUGAUCUGCCUGUGCCAAAGCCCUUCACGCCAGUCAACCUGAGUGUGAAUGAGCAGUUGUAUAUUGCCACUGGGCAAGUACUGAGAGAUCGGCGAAGCAAGGAGCCGCACUCUUACUUCAUCGCCCCGGAUAUCAAUGGACUGCCAACCAUCCCUGAGAGCAGGAACCUGACAGAGUACUUUGUGGCUGUGGAUGUCAACAACAUGCUUCAGCUCUAUGCCAGUAUGCUGCAUGAACGGCGCAUCAUCAUUACCUCAAGCAAGCUUAGCACUUUAACUGCAUGUGUCCAUGGUGCAGCCGCUUUGCUCUUUCCUUUGUACUGGCAGCACAUCUUCAUCCCCGUUCUGCCCCCGCAUCUUCUGGACUACUGCUGUGCCCCCAUGCCAUACUUUGUGGGAGUUCAUCUUAGUCUGCUGGAGAGAGUUCGCAGUCGGUCACUGGAGGAUGUGGUCAUUCUGAAUGUGGACACAAACACCCUAGAGAGUCCCUUUGAUGACCUGCACAACCUUCCCAGUGAUGUGGUGUCCUCUCUGAAGAGCAAGCUGAAGAAGCAGUCAACAGCAACAGGAAGUGGUGUGGCGAGGGCCUUCCUGAGAGCACAGGCCGCUCUGUUUGGAUCCUACCGAGAUGCUCUCAGAUAUAGACCUGGAGAGCCGAUCACAUUCUGUGAGGAGAGCUUUGCAAACCAUCGUUCGAGCACCAUGAGGAACUUCCUGUCCAUGGCUGUCAAUCUGCAGCUCUUCAAACAGUUCAUCGACGGACGGCUGGCCAAAUUGAACGCAGGCCGCGGCUUCACCGACGUGUUUGAAGAAGAGAUCACAGAGGGGGGCUUCUGUGGAAGUAAUUCAAGGUCUUAUCAGCAAUGGAUGCACACUGUAAAGAGAGGAGGAGCACUCCUCAACACAGCUGUGAUAAAGGCCAAGAGUCAGGCCAAGAAGGGCAUCCGGGACAUUAAGGGCAGACUUAAAGCGAGGGAAGAAGAAGAAGAAGGGAUGACUAUCUGUGCAGGGUCUCCCACCAGCACCAAGAGCCUGUCUCCAAGGAGACUGCAGAAGAUGAGACGGCAUAACCUUAACAAGUCUCCUAUGAGUGUUGGCACUCGGGAUCUUGGCUAUGGGCUUGAUGAUGAUGAGCUGGACAGUGCAAGCAAGAUCUCCUCUGAGGACAGCGGCGAUGUUCCUUCAUACAUCGAGGACAGCGAUGACUCCUACUCGCUGGAGCUUGAUAUUGAAUCCAGCCGCUCAGGUCAGAUGAACCUGCUAGAGGAGAUCCUAGACUCUCUGAACACCUCAACAAUUGAGCAAGGCAAACUCAGUGCUGCCAAGAGCCUAGACUUCUUCAGAUCCAUGGAGGAUUUGGAUUACAAAGCCCCGUGCAAGCCGAAACCUUCCUGCGAGUUUAAACCUGCAGAUGAGAGUGGUUGUGGUUUGGGUGGAGAUCAGGGGGGCUGGAACUUGGGCCAAGAUGACAGCGCAGUCCAUGGGAAACACCUUCCUCCGUCCCCACGCAGACAGCCCAACAAGAGCAGCAUGAAGGUGUCAAAGAAACCUGCAGCAGCUUCUCCAAUGCCCGUCAUGACAGCAACAGCACCAGCCCAGGAUACUGAUGCCUUCAAGCACCAGUCACAUCUUCAGCAGCUCAGUCUUGACCCUUAUGCUCUACCUCUGGGACGACAACCAGGAGACCGCUACUCCUACUCGCCCACACUGUCUCACAGAGUAACACCCACGCAGCCGUCUCCCACUCUGUCUCACACCUACAGUUCUCCAGCACCUGUUUCUCACCUGAACUAUUCUCUACCAGCGAGCAGGCCUCGGACCAUUUCAGACCCCCAAGCCAGCACUGAGUCUCCUCCUCAGGCCCAGAACCAGACUGCAUCCACCAGCAUCCUGAGGAGGAAGGUGUUGUCCAAGGAGACAGUGAGGCAAUUCCAGGAAAAGGCUCUUCAAAGGCAGGGCAGCAAGGGCCACAUGGAGGGUCAGGGGAGUCCACCGAGGAACAGCCAGUCAGCUAUGCAGGUCCCGUGGGAGAAAGAGGUGUCCAAGGAGGGGCUCCUGGGGCUCGGCCUGUGCCUGGGUCAGGGUAAAGGCUCUGGGGCAGCGGUGGUUCAGGAUCAGGGCCUCUUAGAGGAGAUUGAGUCCAUGUGUUGCCUGGGCUCAGUGCUCCACACCAGCCUGCAGCUCUCACAGGUUCACUGCAACAACAGUCAACACCAGGUCCAGGGCAAAGCCACAGACGAGUCUUGAGAAUGUCAAAGAUUCUUUGUCUGUAAAAUAUCUAUUCACAGUAAUUAUUCUGUUACAAUUAGUCGUAGCCAUCAAUUCAGACCUUUUUCUAGCUCAACACUCAACUGUCAGGAAAUGUUACAAACAAAUGUGAUGUCAUGGAUGCCCCGAACAGAGAGCCACAGCCAGUAGGGGUAAAAGAGGAAGAAUCAGUGCCUUGCAAAGCAUCUUCUUCAUAUCAAGUAAUUUCUGUGUAGAAUUGAACCCUGAAAACCUUUUCUUCCUGAGAACAAGUGAAAGCUGACGCAUAGUAAGAAUAUUUCACCUUUGCCAAUACAACUCUUCUUGAAAUGAACGUCUGUAUCCUUGCACAAAAAAUAAGGCAGGUCUUUAUUUUAAAAUGGAGAAAAAUACAAUUUUAAUGUAGAAAACGCUUGAAAGAAAAAUUAAGCAACUUUCUAUACUCAAUAACAAACAAAUUACUUGAUAGGAAGGAGAUUUUUGCAAUGUUCCGUUUGUAAUUGCUCUAAAUUCCUAGACAACACCUACAUUUUCAUGUGUUGUAUUUUUCUUGUAACGUGUUCACAGUGGAAUGCCCAAAAAAAGACCCAUGAAUAAUAUUUUGGGGAAAAUAUAAGUAGCCAACUGUUAAUACAGGAAUUUUCACCUUCCCUAAAGGAAUGUAGAAAAAGAAAAACUCAGUACUUUGUCAGGAUAAAGAAGGGACGAUAUCUCCUCAUUACACCAUUAUGCCAGUGUUCCAAACAUUUCACAUGAUCAAAUUGAACUUGCACUUGUAGUUUAACAAAUAGUACUCAGUCGAUACUUCUUGUCGCUAAGUCUAUUUGAGCAAAAAGCAACAAAAUGAGACAGAUUUUUUCAGACACAAAGCCUUUGAAACUAAUUAUACACUGUGUAAUAUAAUUUUUUUUAUCACGAUGCCUUAAAUGGACAUGUGAUUUGUUUUUUAAUACGCGGGUGUCUUAAUCUAUAGAUACCAUUACAGGUACUUUGUAAUCCGAAUCACUGAUACAGUGAGACGUUAAAUGCAACAGUUAAUAUUACUUAAACAGCACUGUAUUUCUCUGAAUCCAUAGAAUAGUUAAUAUAUAUGAUGUGCUUUAAGCUGCUGUUUUUAAUUGCAUUCCAGAUAAUGAGAUGUGCAUGUAGAAACGUCUCUGUCUCGCUCCUCUUCCCGUGUUCCUCAGGACACUUCUGUUACUCUGAAGAGAAGCAAAUACAGAAAAAAGAUAACGUGGAUGAUCUGAUGACAGUGCCCAUUCUCCAUUUUUUCCAUUUUUUUCUCUUUUUCUAUGAUCAUCACUUUCUUCCUCAUGUUGUCUCUUUUUCUAAUUUUCUGCCUUUGAUUACUUUAAAGGACAUUUCACUCUUUUUUGACCUUUACAAAUGGUGGCCAGUUGUUGCAAAGCUGAUGAGGUUUGGAGUGGAGGUGGAAAAGGUGAACUUUAAAGUAUGAGGCUGGCAUUCCUCUGUACUGUAUGUUUCUUAUUACCAACAAAUUACAUGAAGACCAAAACAAAACAACAUUACAGUACAUUAUUCCGUCUCUGCAUGCAUUCAUACUUUGGUGACAUUUGGCCCCAAGCUAAUUUUUACCGAAGAUGAAAAUCUUCAAACAAAUAUAAUUUACUAAAACUUGCUGGACGCUUUUCUUCCAAACAUUACUCAAAAAAUAAAUAGUGCAUUUCUGCUGGAUCAUUUUCAGCUGUCAACCUGUUAAAAAUGAAAAAAAAAAAAUGAAUUGUUGGUUUUAGUCUUUUCAGGGAAUUUUUUGCCAUAAAGAAAAAUAUAGAAUAUCACCAGACUUAUCAUAUAACUCUCUGUCUGUCUCCCUUUCUUAGCUUUUUUCUUGUCUCAUAGGAGGUAAUGAAGUCUCUGCCCUUCUAGGUUAGAGUCACACACUGUUAUGUAAUGCAGUGGUUGAUGAUUGUACUGUAACGCAGCAAUAUGGUUCUCCUCAGAGAGUAGUUACGUGGAUGCAAUGUGUACAGAGUCAAAAGUAUUUCUAUAACAGACUCUCCUGUGGAGAGAAACGCUGCAUCCAGAGAUCAGAUCGUGGUUCCCAUCAUUCUCUGCGUCACCACAAACCCGGAGAAAAGAAGAAAGCUUUUUUCAUGUGUGCUUGUGUUGGGAUUACUACAUUUAUGGUUCGUUGUUCUUAAGAUUUAUGCCAGACGCCAGUCGGUGUGGCAGUUUAAUAGCAGCUAUUUCUCUACUUUUUGAGUGCUGCUCUGCGUUAACGAUUUGCUCAUAAAGUCUUUGGCGUGCUUCUAAAAGCCCAGGAAUCAGUCCUAGUAAUUCCAAAAAAGGAAAAAUUAAAAAACAGACUCCAGAAUAAUCUCUGUACUGGCCUUAUUCAUUGUGAACUAUUAAAACAAACAUAUUUACUAUGCAAAUAUUUAAAAUUCAAGAAGGUCAAUUUUUUUUACUACAAAUUAUUUUAUAAUGCAAGAUUCUACUUGAAAAAUAAACAAUCACAAUCAAAUUAGCUUCUAAUGGGAAUAAGCCACAUGUGUCCCCAAAUAAAUAGAUGAAUAUCAAAGACUAUUUAACUGUGUGUUAGCUGAGGUGUGUCUGUGAGUGUUAAUGACAGAGUGUAUGGUGUGCCUUAUACAGUAAGCGUACCACCCAGUAUAACCAGAACAAGGUACAGUGUUAUAGAGAGGAGGAGUAUGCAAUGUAUUCAGACCACCUUAAAUCACAGUUAGGCCCUACAAACGUUGGUAUUUAGAUGAUAAACAGACAAAAAAACUCGUUUGGUCCCGAGAAACUGACCUGAACUGAACUUGGGUACUAGCAUUGUUUUGUUAUCGAGCUCGGCUGAAGCCCAGCUGGAGUUACUCAGUGUUUUUCUUUGCUGUGGUGAUCGGCGGGAAUCCUCCUGCCUGUGUUUAAGAGAAGAUCUUUUUGUUAAAUAGGUACUUAAUUUGAUUCUUCUAGUAGGUGAUUACAUGUAUAGUUUGUGCUCUUUUUCUUUUUUUCUCUUCUCUCUCUCUUUUUUAAGCACCCUCAUCAUGAGCUAAUGGCAUUUAAAAGAAAUUCUCAGAGGAGAUUCUCUAGUUGAUUUCAUAACGAUGAGAAAUUAUUUUCAACUGAAUAGACAUGUAUUUUUGCUGGCUUGAGUAUAUUUUACAUGGAAAAUAUAUGAUUGGUGUUGUAUGUUGUAAAAAUGACACCUAAUAAUUGAAUGUUUUAGAUUUUAUUUUUUUGGGGAAAAAGAAAAUAUAGAGAGAGAAUAUUAACAAAUGUCCCAUGUAGCCAUUCAUGUUAAGAAGCAUUUGACAACUUCUAAUCAAAAUGAGCAGACUGAUGCUUGCUUGUACAUGGUACAGUGCUUACUAUUGUAUCUGCAUGUAUGUACAGUACCUUUAUGUAUUGUAUGCUAUGAUUUUGCUUUGUUCAGUUUUACAGAUGUUUUUUUUUUCUUCUUUUCUUGUAUUAUUAUUAUUAUUAUUAUUAUUAUUAUUAUUAUUAUUAUUUCAGUAUUUAGCAUUUCCAUCAAAACAUGAAUGGUGGAAAUAACAUGAGGUCUGGUACAAUACACUCAUUCUGCCUUGCAUUUGGAUAUUGUAGUGUUAAAUGUCAUUUGCCUUGCAUCUUAUGCAGGAGAACACAUUUCUACUUUUUCAUUACAGGUUACUGUAAAUCUCACUGCAGAUGUCUGUAGAGAAGAAAUACUUGAGCAGUCAGCUGCUGUUGAGAGUGAAAUGAAAAGCUUUAGACUGAUACCGUUUACACUAUUGUAAAACAAUGAAGAAGUUUUUGUCAGGGGAUUUGCAUUUCAAUGUCUGAAGGUGUGUGAUAGCUAAGAAUACCUAACCCUUCGUGUAAGAUGGUACUCCGCUAACAAUACAGUGUAAAUUAAUUAAUAAAUAUAUAUUAAGUAAGAUAGUCCAGAAAUUGCAAGUUUGGAGUGAGAGGUAAGAGAGAUUAUGUAGCAGAUUUUAGUGAAAACGCAGGUUCAACUUCACAAAGAUCAUUUACAUCACUUCCCCAUAAACCACACAUUUAUAAAAAAAAAUCAAACAUAUUUUCAGUGUCGUAACAGUGUAGGAGAAGUUACCUUAAUCAACAGGUUUUUUUUCUCAGUCUCUUGUUUGGGUAUUGUAAUGAUGAUUAACUCUUCGAUAUGCCAUUUAUUGAUUUUUUGAUUCUGUGCACACUUGCAUGUUCUCAUUGCAGAGAAAACAGCUGUCUUAAACAACUGAGGUCAAAUCUAAUGUGCUAUUGAUGAGUAACUUGGUACAACUGCACACAAUGUAUGCACUGUGAACUGAAAAUAAAUUAUACUGUUUCGUG